AAAUCCGCAGCUUCGCUUCGGACCCAGAAGAGACGGACAGCUCGGAAUCCGGAAACGAAAAGUCAAACCAAAAGUCAAACCGGCGGCCACCCACCCCUAACGCCAAUGGAUGGCCCCCGUGGCCACCCGCGGCGGCUGAGCUCCUCCGGCACGGCGGCGGCGUCGGACCCCCGCCGCGCUGCCGCGGCGCGCGAGGCGAUGGCGCGCAUGGAGGAGAUGAUGCUCGCGCACGCGGGCGCGGCCGGCGAGUUCAGCAUCAUCCUCGACGCCCCGCUCCCCUCCCUCCAGCAGUACCGCCGCAACCCCACGCCGCCGGGCGCCUCAGGCUCCCCUCUCCGCCGUGGCGGCGGUGGCGGAAGGGACGACGUAGUGCCUGAGCGGCUGCGCCGCGACGGGAGCGUCCCCCACACCCACGCCCUCGGCGACGCGGACGCCGCGCGCUCUUCUCGCCGCGGUGCGGGCGCGACCCGAGGGCGGCCCGGUGGCGGGCGCGGCGAGGAGGAGGAGGUGGAGGGGCUGGUGAGGCUGGUGGACCGGCGGAGCGUGCGGAGGCCGCCCGGCCGCGGCGAGGCGCAAGCGCCGCCCGCGAGGGCCGCCGAACGGAAACCGGAGGUGGCGGAGAAGGAAGAGGAGACGCCACUGCAUCUGCUGGCGCGCGGAGGGCGGAGUUCGAGCGCGACGAGGCCCGCGGAAGCUCCGCAGGAGGUGGAGACCGCCGCCGCGAGGCCGUCGAGCCGGCGGUCGAGACGGGAGGGCGGCGGGGACGCCGGGGUGAAGCCCGUUGUGACUGUGGUGGCAGAGAACGUGGAGGACGAGGUGGAUAGUGUUGGGCGGGGGAGCAGCCGAGGGAGCGAGAACGGCGGGGAGGAGGAGGCGGCGUUGCCCAAGCCGUUGGCGGCGAUCGUCACUGGAGGCCGGAGCAGGAGCAAUUCGCCGGCGAUAAGUCGGAAUGGUGUGGACUCAGCUGCAGCAAAUCGUCCACCAUCAACAGGAAGGUCAACCUUUGCACCACCAGUUGGCGUUAGCGUGAGGCCUCUACAAGCUGUGGAAAUGCCCAAUGGGACACCCCGGGAUAGAAGGGCUAUCUAUCCUGAUCCAACUUAUGCCCAAUCCGCGCGGUCACGGGACUCACAUGACAGUUCAACAGUAACAGAAGAGCUUGAGAUGCUAAAAGAUGAGAACGUAAAUCUUUUGGAGAAGCUUGGACUAGCAGAAGAGAAACUUAGACAAUCUGAAGCCCGGACAAAGGAGCUUGAGAAACAGGUUGCUAAUCUUGGUGAUGGGUUAUCGAUGGAAGUUAAGCUUAUGAAAAGGAGGGAGGAGAUGCUUGUAAGAAAGGAGCAAGAAAUAAGAAAAGCUCUUAUAUCCAAGAAUGGUAAAAGCGAGGAACUCACCACUCUUCAACAACAGCUACAGUCUGCAAGAGAAGAGGCAGCUGCUGCUGUACAGAAAUUCAAAGAAGUGGAAUCCAAAACAAAAGACUUGCAUACAAUGACACGCAGGAUGAUCUUAAGCAAAGACGAAAUGGAAGAAGUUGUCAUGAAGAGGUGUUGGCUUGCUCGUUAUUGGGGCUUGGCUGUUCAAUAUGGCAUCUAUCCAGAUAUCUCCAUGUCAAAGCAUGAAUACUGGUCUUCGCUUGCACCUCUUCCGUUUGAGUAUGUAAUAUCUGCUGGACAGAGAGCCAAGAAUGGAUCUAAUCAUAGUGGCAAAAACGGUUUGGAAGAUGCAGACAAACUUGUUCAUGAUCUAACUGUCACAGCAGGGGAAGGCAACGUAGAAACCAUGCUUUCUGUUGACAAAGGACUUCAAGAACUAGCUUUCCUGAAGGUCGAGGAUGCGGUUCUUGUUGCUCUUGUCCAACAUCGUUGUUCUAAUGUUGCUGAGUUAGCAGAUCCAGAUAUUAAAUCAUCUGGUGAUGAAAAAUUCAUGGAAGCAUUUGACCUAAGCAAGGAGGAAGAGGAAGAUGUACUGUUCAAGCAGGCUUGGCUCAUCUAUUUCUGGAGAAGGGCUAAAACUCAUAAUGUGGAAGAAGAUAUUGCCGAGGAGCGAUUGCAGAUGUGGAUUGAUCGACAUGGCCAGCAACCAACUUCACAUGACGCUGUAGAUGUCGAGCAAGGUUUGCACGAGCUGAGGAAGUUGGGGAUCGAGCAGCUCCUAUGGGAGCUUUCCCGCCAUGAGGUGAACAGCACGAAUGGUGUGGAGGCCAACAUCACGAGUGGUGAUCCGUCCGAUGACGAGGACCUGACCUAACAGCCUCAACCAAACGGCGGCCGUCGCUCGAAUCCAGCUCAGUCAUUCAUGUCUAUCGUACAGCAACUGUAGAACAUUGUAAACAUGUUUCUGGUUUUGCUUUCCAGUUUUGACACACAAAAAACAGUUCAUCGAUUCUUUCUUUUCCUUGUACAUAACUUGCACCCACUGUGUUACUAAAGCAGCUUGAAGGGUGCUGAUUAAACCUAGUGAAUCAAAUGCAUAGAAAAUCAUGA